UGUGUGUGUGUGUGUGUGUGUGUGUGUGUGUGUGUGUGUGUGUGUGUGUGUGUGUGUUUGUAUGCAGAUUAAUGCUUUCCAAAAUGUCUUCCCUACAGCUGUUACAUACAUGCAUUUCAUACAUUAAGUUUAUACAUUUUCUGAAGCACUUUAUAUGAUGUUUAGGAUGUGAGAUACUAAUGUUCAAGACACUGUGACUACAGUUUACUACAAUUUGUGACAAACUGAAACUAAAAUUAUUUUCCCUUCAUUUAUUGUAGCUCCUAAUUUUGUAGUUCUACACUGCACCUCCCCCAUUAAAUUGUGAUUUGCAGCCAUGAAAAUUAAUAAAAUCUUAAAGCAUGGACUAUAGCAACAAUCAUACAUUUUCUGUUUGCACCUAGCUUUUAAAUAUGUAAUUGGCUAGAAAUGAUUUUGAGUGGUAAAAAUGCUAAUCCAGAGAAACACGCAACUGGAAAAGUCUUGUAAAUUUGGUCAGAAAUUGCAUAGAGGUGCACUGACCUUACUCUUUUGCAGGUGCUUAAAUGAUCACAAUCUUUAAAAUAUUUCUGAGUGGUACAGCUCAGAGUUUUGCAACGUUGAUGCGGAAAAAGAGAGAUGCGGAUUUUAAAUAUAUCUGGCACCGGUGCAAAGUCGAGGUUUGGGGGAUUUCAGCGCGAUAGAUAACAUGGCAACCCAUGUACUCUCGCGUUAUUUCGACGGUGGGUUGUGAGACAGCAUGGCAGCGGUGGUGUUGAGGCGUUGUUGGAGAGGACUGUUGCAGAGCUCGAGCAAUGGAGCUGUCAGGGCGAAGAUCCUCGAGGGGGUUAGACCGAAAUCUACAGUACAGUAUAUAUCACGGCCAGAUCAUCCGAAGCUGGCCUACCGAAGAGUGAAGGGAAAGAGUCCUGGUGUCGUGUUCCUGCCUGGAUAUGGAUCUAACAUGAGCGGACAGAAGGCAGAGGCCCUGGAGGAGUUCUGCAGGUCAUUAGGUCACUCCUACCUGAGGUUUGAUUACUCUGGUCACGGAGCUUCAGAGGGUGUAUUUUCAGAAGGCACUAUUGGAACAUGGAAAAAAGACGUCCUGUUUAUGUUAGAUGAACUUGCUGAAGGUCCACAGAUUCUGGUGGGCUCCAGUAUGGGCGGCUGGCUAAUGCUUUUGGCUGCUAUCGCUCACCCAGAGAAGACGAAAGCCUUGGUGGGCAUUUCCACAGCGGCAGAUCAUUUCGUUACAGCCUUCAAGACACUUCCUAUACAGGUGAGAAAAGAAUGCGAGGACAAGGGUGUUUGGACAAUCCCCACAAAAAGUAACGAGGAAGGCAUAUACACAGUUAGUAUGGAGUUCCUGCGCGAGGCGGAGAACCACUGCAUCCUUCAGAGCCCCAUCCCUAUCACCUGCCCCGUACGUCUCAUUCAUGGCCUGAAAGACGAGGACGUGCCUUGGCACAUCUCCAUGCAGGUGGCCGAGCGCGUGCUGAGCUCCGACGUGGACGUCAUUCUGCGCCGCCACGGCCAGCACCGCAUGGCUGAGAAAGAUGACAUCAAGCUCAUCGUGUACACCAUCGACGACCUCAUAGACAAGCUUACCACCAUGGUGUGAAACGCCACGCGCCAAGCAACCUGCCUUGAGACCCUCUCGUACUUUCUUUGCCAAACACCCGCUUCCUGUUGUGUUGUGCAAGACGAGAAGGAUGCAAAAGGCCAACUGUGGAAGGACAAAAUAAUUUUGUUUUUUUUUUUACGUUUACCGUUAAUACUGUGCCGUUAAACCUUUUAGGUAAAGCUGCUGUUUGUCUAGCAUAACGUUUGUUUAGAUCUUCUGUGCCUUUUUUACUGUAUUUCACUCUGUUUUAUGGGAAUAAAGCCUCUGUAUACCAAUA